CCCCGGCCGCGGUGGGGCGAGUGGCCACAUCCGUCCUUGCGAGCGGCGGGGCUGGCGGGAAGCGCCGCGCUAUGUCUCGGGCUGCUCGGGUGCCUGCUCAGGGGCCGCUUCCCACGCGCCGCGGGGCUUCCCCCCCGGCUCUGGCAUAGAGGGCGAGGGGAGCCGCCCGGGGCAGGGCUGGCCCGAGCGCAGGGGGGCGCCGAGCGGCGAGCGGGAGGGAGCCGGGUUCGCAAACCACCCAGGACGCUGGAUUUGCCGCUGGCCCGGUAGAAGGGGGGCGCGGCAGCCGCGAGCGGCGCCUGGGCUUGCAGCGGAGCCUCCGUGGCUUUUUGCGGGGUAGCGCGCGGCGCGAUGCUGCGGCUGGAGCUCUUGCUCGGCGUGGCGUGGCUGGCCCGGCUGGCGUGCGGGCAGAACGAGACGGAGCCCAUCGUGCUGGAGGGCAAGUGCCUGGUGGUGUGCGACUCCAACCCCACCUCGGACCCCACGGGCACGGCGCUGGGCAUCUCGGUGCGCUCGGGCAGCGCCAAGGUGGCGUUCUCCGCCAUCCGCAGCACCAACCACGAGCCCUCGGAGAUGAGCAACCGGACCAUGCUCAUUUACUUCGACCAGGUGCUAGUGAAUAUCGGAAGCAACUUCGACUCGGAAAGAAGCACUUUUAUAUCGCCCAGGAAAGGGAUUUACAGUUUUAAUUUUCACGUGGUGAAGGUGUACAACAGGCAAACCAUCCAGGUGAGUUUGAUGCUAAAUGGGUGGCCAGUGAUUUCCGCCUUUGCAGGGGACCAAGAUGUGACCCGAGAAGCUGCCAGCAAUGGAGUCCUGAUUCAAAUGGAGAAAGGAGACAGAGUUUAUCUAAAACUGGAGAGAGGAAACUUGAUGGGAGGCUGGAAGUAUUCGACAUUCUCUGGAUUUCUAGUGUUCCCUCUUUAAAUAACUUAUCAUCUGAACAGAGAGAAAGCAGCAAGUCAGAGAGUUUCUUACAAAUUCCCAAAUUGUAGCUGGGUAUGAAAAGCCUUGGACAGCAAACUUUUUACAUUCAAAUAUUAAAGAAGCUAAAUACUGCUUAGGUUUGUGUACAUCUGCUUUGAAGAAUUAUUUUUGUUGUUGCAGCCAACAGAUAGGAGACACUGUAAUUGAUCAUAUCUCCAUUUAUAUUCCCCACCUUCCACCCCAAAUUAGUUAAAAUCUGUGUAUCACUGGUGUAAUUUGCCAUAAUUUCCCCAGUGGUU